AUGGUGCUGUGUGAAGAUGGUUCGGAGAUGGAUCUACCUUAUGAAGCAUCCGCGGAGCUUCGGCCCUACAAUUACAGAUUUGAUCCGGAAUUCAAGCCUAUCUCAAAUGAUUGUACAGAAAUUCAGCUCCUCAUACCGCCGCUGCGCCUGGUGAUACCAACGAAUUAUCCAGAAUCGAAGCCAACAAUAUGGCGUGACCGGUGGUCAUAUGGUGGUAUCAGUCUGACCGAUGUGAACAUUCAGUUCGAUAAACGGCUGAAUAUGGCUGUGAAUUGUCGGACGAUCACCGAAAUUAUCCAUGCUUGGAAGCUGGCAUCCGAGCAUGCCCUCAAAAUUGGCAGUACAAGCAGCGAGGUCAACGCGGAAAAUUUAUAA